CGUCGCUGCGCCUUGGAUAGCGCGUCCUGAUCGUAUCGCCAUCACGAGAUACGCGAUUCUGUCCUGCUAUGUUGUAGGCUCGACGUUGGGUGCGUGGCUUCUGACGCGAGAUCUCCAGGUGGGAUCAACGACUAGGCUGUGGUAGGCUAGCGGCAGUUGCGGAGCGAUAACGGAGAUCGUGGGUGAGGUUUGGAACAGUCAUUACUGGCAUUGCAACGGACGCAGGUCGUCAAUUGAGUGAGUCAGAGUGCUGUGAACGAGACACAAAGUGCAGAGUGCAAUUGCGCCCACGACAUUCUCCAGCAUGUCUCUCGCACGUUCCAACCCGCGUUUACUCGCUCGCACAAACCGGAUCUUCCAUUCGCAGAUCCGAACUUAUUCUGCGCCUGGCGACGGCGCAAUUCCUGCCUCCAAGAAAAAGUACAUACCGACCUCUGGCAGCUAUCCCCAGGGAUUCAGAGCAGGCAGCGCACAUGUUGGUGUCAAGGCCUCAAACACGCGCUUCGACGACCUGGCUCUUAUAGCGUCCGACACACCAUGUUCUGGCGCUGCGGUCUUCACGACCAACAAAUUCCAGGCCGCGCCGGUGACGGUGAGCAGGGAGAUGCUGAAGAAGAGGAAAGGUCAGGGCAUCCGGGCUGUCAUUGUGAACUCGGGGUGUGCAAACGCGGUCACGGGACGUGGGGGCAUUGAAGAUGCCAUUGCCAUGGGCAAAGCGACCGACUCGUGCUUCAGCGACGGCAAAGACGAUGGUCAGGGGAGCCAGAGCGUGGUCAUGAGCACUGGAGUCAUCGGUCAGCGUCUGCCCAUCGACAAGAUCACCUCCAAGAUCCCGACUGCAUACUCCAACCUCGGGAACACACACGACCACUGGCUAGGCACUGCACGCGCAAUCUGCACAACAGACACGUUCCCCAAACUCCUCUCAAAGACUUUCACCCUCCCCAGUAGUAAGGAGGAGUACCGCAUCGCCGGCAUGACCAAAGGCGCAGGCAUGAUCCACCCCAACAUGGCUACCCUCCUGGGCAUAAUCUGCACCGACGCGCCCCUGACCGGCGCCCCCCUCAGCGCAGCGCUCACCGCCGCAAUCGGAAAGUCAUUCAACAGCAUCUCCAUCGACGGCGACACAUCCACCAACGACACAGUAGCCAUCCUCGCCAACGGCGCCGCAGGCGGCCAGGAGAUCACCACAACCGACACGCCCGACUUCUCCGCCUUCCAAAAGGUCCUCACAGACUUCGCCGUCGACCUCGCCAAGCUCGUCGUCCGCGACGGCGAAGGCGCAACCAAAUUCGUCACGAUCCGCGUCACAAACGCCGACUCGUACAAGACGGCGCACCGCAUCGCAUCGACCAUUGCCCGCUCCCCACUCGUCAAAACAGCCCUGUACGGCAAAGACGCAAACUGGGGCCGCAUCCUGUGCGCCACGGGCUACGCAGAGGGCAACGACAGCGUCAUCCCUGAGGAAACGAGCGUGAGCUUUGUGCCUGCCGACGGCAGCGAGGAGCUGAAGUUGCUGGUGCGCGGCGAGCCUGAGCAGGUUGACGAGGAGCGCGCGGCUAAGAUACUGGAGGCGGAGGAUCUGGAAAUUAAGGUCCGGUUGAGUGAGACCAAGGGGUAUACUGAGGAGGCUGUGUUUUGGACGUGUGACUUUUCCCACGAGUAUGUUACUAUCAAUGGGGAUUAUAGGACGUAGUGUGUGCGUGUUGAAUUUUAUGUGCUUGCAUACAUCCAUUUUUGACUUCUGAUGCUGGACCUGUUGCCUGUGUUUUGUGUUGGCUAUCUAUCUUACUGUGCUCUCAUUCAAGUGUUUCAAAGCGUAGACUGAAAUUUGGAAAAUUUGGACUAGCAAUAGGCAAGGAGGUUUAAUCAAGAUACGC